CUCUCUCCCUCUCUCUCAGUGCAAGGAAAGAUACGAUCAUAUAUACACUCAUACACGUGUAAUAUACAACUAAAAAUGCAGAAGUUUAUUUGCAUUAACUAAAAUCAGUGAAAACAAGCGUAGAGAAGAAGUAGUUAGCGCGAAAAGAAGACGAUUUAAAUAUUAUUGUGUUUUCAUUGUAGUGGUGUCUUUGUGGGUGCGUGUGUGCGUUUAAAGUGUGUGUGUACUCAACAAUGCACUUUACUGUUAGAAUGGUGGCGUUGGUGGGGGUGGUAAUGGUGAUGGCGGUGGUGGUGGCAAUUCCUCAAGACACGUCUAUAAGGAGCAUAGCAAAGGAGAACUUCCCUGAAAUGGAUAACUGGAUAGACAGACUGUACGUGGAUAAAAUAAAGGGAUAUAACAAGAAUGCACGCCCUGUUCUUGAUCAUACCCACAACACCACCGUCACUAUGGCAAUGUCGCUCAAGAACAUCGAUAUGGAUGACGAGAAACAAGAAUUUAUAUUAAACGCUUGGAGUAUCAUGUACUGGAAGGAUGAGUUACUGGAGUGGAAUCCAAUGGACUACAUGAACUUGAAAAACAUUCACUUUGAUGACGAGGACGUGUGGCUGCCGGACAUCAGACUCUAUAACAGCGCCACAGGAUAUGAUGCGCAUCCUUUCGGCUCCGUGCCUGUGCUGGUGACCUACGAUGGGAAUGCCGUCUGGUUCCCGCCAACACACAUCGUUGUGAGGUGUGACAUGGACCUGAGCGAGUGGCCCAAGGAUGAACACGAGUGCCUGGUCCGCCUCGGCUCUUGGGCACACCACGGGGACCAGAUCGAUAUGCAGGUUCAAGGAGGCCAACAUGCUGGGGUGAUGACGGACACUUUGGAGGAGAACAACCGGUGGAAGCUGCUGCACGUCUCGGCCAACAGAACCUACACUAAGCUGGACGGACACAAUCCUUACGUAGAGGUGGACUUUGUAUUUCGUGUGCAGCGGCAGGCCAGGACGCAAGCCACCUAUGUCACGCAGACCACUCUGGCGGUGGUGGUGGUGGUGCUGGUGAGUUACGUGCUCCCCCUGCAGCGCCUCCUGACCCGCCUGCUGAUGCACCUCUUCUCGCUGGCCCUGCUCAUCAUCUGCUUCUUUGCCUUGUUUGCCAUCCUACCUGCUACUGGGGGCCCUGUUCCUUUAGUGGUGCGUUACUACUCCGGCUCCAUCAUUCUGACUACCCUGUCCUUGCUGGCGACUAUCUUCCUCACCACCCGUCCUUGCUGCUGCUGCUGGGGUUCCUGCUGCUCUUCCUCCUCCUCCAAGCUUGCCCGGACUCUGGUGAGCUAUGUGCCCUCCUCCAGGCUAAGAAAUAUGGUGCCCCAGGCUAGCUCCUCCCCUGGGCGAACACCAUACAACCACCUGGAUGAGACACUGGAGGAGGAAGUGGAAGAGCAGAGACGACCACGUGCGGCACAACUCAACGAGGCAGAAGGCUCCACAUCUCGCUACAUCCGCCUGCAGGACGACGCAGAACAGGGUGGAACCAAGGUGGACCAGAUAACCUCCCACCAGUUCAUACUGAUCAUUAACUACUUGCUAAUGGCUCUGUUCACUAUAGCAUUUGUGGUGGACUAUGUGGUGCUGCGGAAUGUGAUGCUGUGAGGUGGUUUAGUGGUGUACUGAGUGUGUUAACCUCUUCAGUACCAUGACAUGUUUCCAUAUUCAUUCUGCUUACUAUUUGGUGAUUUUAAACAGCUUCAGAAACUUAUGUGAAGAUUAAAAUAGUGUAGACUCUAGCUAUUAAUCAUCUCACCUCCAAAGACCUUUCCUAAUGUACAUAAAAUUUUCUAAUUAUAACCAAAAAGCAUGGUAAAAAUGCAUCCCAGUACUGAAGGGGUUAAGUUAGGUUAGUUUGGUUGAGUUAGGCUAGGUUAGGUUAGGUGAGGUUAGCUUGGUUGGGUUUGAUUUGUCUUGUUAGGGUAGGAUAGGUUAGGUUAGGGUAGGGUAAGUUAUGUUAGGGUAGGGUAUAGUAGGUUAGGGUAGGGUAUGGUAGGUUAUGGUUGGGUAGGGUAGGAUAGAUUUGCAUGUUAUUCACCUACUGAUCUAAAUAUAGGAACAAGACUACACACAUGCCACACACCAGGACAGCAAGGCCACAACCCCCACAUCAGUACCUGCUUGCACAUUAAGAGGAACACCCAUUUGCCUUGCCCAGGACUUCAACUCAGCCCUUCUUGGUAAUAGGUCAAUGUAUGUGAGAUAUGUAUAGAUAGAUUGCAAGAGGGUCUAGUUAGGUUAGGUUAAGUGAGGGAUCAGUGCAUGCAUUUUUGUAACUGUGUGUGUGUGUAUGUAUUUACCCAGUUGUAGAUUUACAGGGCCUGGGCUUUAUGCUCGUGUGGCCCCGUCUCCAUAUCUACACUUAUCCAAUUUUUCUUUAAAACUAUGUACACUCUUUGCUGACACCACUUCCUCACUCAAACUGUUCCAAGUCUCAACACAUCUUUGUGGGAAACUAUAUUUUUUAACAUC